CCGCUCGGAUUUACAUCAGGUACACAAGCUACACCUUUCACCAUCUCUCUCUCAGGUACCCGCUCUCUCCCACCCACAUUCAUCCACCACCUCCCCUCCUCCCCUGGAGCAUCAUCAUCUCCUUCAAUCCAUCACCUCCAUCUCAUCCACCCUCACAAUCCCCCUCCCCUGUGCGCAGGCUCCAUCACCGCCGAGCUCGCCACCACCUCUCACCAUCCCUCCUCACGUUGAGGAGUCCAGCCAACCCCAUCACCCUCACCUCAUCAACCUUCCUCCGCCAGACCAUCCAACAUGUCUGCAGAACCCGAUCACGCGCAGGAGAAGCGCAAGGUGAAGCUCGACAAUGAUCCCAGCGGAGCGGAGAGACGCGAUGAGGAUGCCACCGCCACCGCCAUCCUCAAGAAGAAGAAGAAGCCCAACAGCUUGAUCGUCACCGAUGCCACCACCGAUGACAACUCCAUCCUCGCCCUCUCCAACAACACCAUGGAGGUCCUGCAGCUCUUCCGUGGUGACACCGUCCUCGUCAAGGGCAAGAAGCGAAAGGACACCGUCCUCAUCGUCCUCGCCGAUGACGACCUCGAUGACGGCUCCGUUCGCAUGAACCGCGUGGUCCGACACAACCUGCGCGUCAAGCUGGGCGACGUCGUCACCGUCAACCCCUGCCCCGACAUCAAGUACGCCAAACGCAUCGCCGUCCUCCCUCUCGCCGAUACGGUCGAGGGUCUGACCGGCUCCCUCUUCGACGUCUUCCUCGCCCCCUACUUCCGCGAAGCCUACCGCCCCCUCCGACAAGGCGACUUGUUCACCUGCAGAGCCGCCAUGAGGACGGUGGAGUUCAAGGUCGUCGAGGUCGAUCCGCCAGAAUAUGGUAUCGUCGCUCAAGACACCGUCAUCCACUGCGAAGGCGACCCGAUCCAGCGUGAAGAUGAGGAGGACAAGCUGAACGAGGUGGGCUACGACGACAUCGGUGGCUGCAGGAAGCAGAUGGCACAAGUUCGCGAGUUGGUCGAGCUACCUCUCAGACAUCCUGCACUCUUCAAAUCCAUCGGCAUCAAGCCUCCCCGCGGUAUCCUCCUCUUCGGACCCCCCGGUACCGGUAAGACUCUCAUGGCUCGCGCCGUCGCCAACGAGACCGGUGCCUUCUUCUUCCUCAUCAACGGACCGGAAAUCAUGUCCAAGAUGGCGGGAGAGUCGGAGAGCAAUCUCCGCAAAGCGUUCGAAGAGGCGGAGAAGAACAGCCCGGCCAUCAUCUUCAUCGACGAGAUUGACGCCAUCGCCCCCAAGCGUGACAAGACCAACGGUGAAGUCGAGCGUCGUGUCGUGUCGCAGCUCCUCACCCUCAUGGACGGCAUGAAGGCCCGCGCCAACGUGGUAGUCAUGGCCGCCACCAACCGCCCCAACUCCAUCGACCCCGCCCUGCGUCGUUUCGGCCGUUUCGAUCGCGAGGUCGACAUCGGUAUUCCCGACCCCACUGGCCGUCUCGAGAUUCUGCAAAUCCACACCAAGAACAUGAAGCUUGGGGAUGACGUCGACCUCGAGCAGAUCGCAUCCGAGACUCACGGUUUCGUCGGUUCCGACAUGGCAUCGCUCUGCUCCGAGGCGGCGAUGCAGCAGAUUCGUGAGAAGAUGGACUUGAUUGAUCUGGAAGAGGAUACCAUCGAUGCCGAAGUCCUCGACAGCCUCGGUGUGACGCAGGAGAACUUCCGCUUCGCCCUGGGCAUCUCCAACCCAUCUGCCCUCCGCGAGGUUGCCGUCGUCGAGGUGCCCAACGUGCGGUGGGAGGAUAUUGGCGGUCUGGAAGAUGUCAAGCGCGAGCUCAUCGAGUCCGUGCAAUACCCCGUCGACCACCCCGAAAAGUUCCUCAAAUUCGGCAUGAGCCCGUCUCGUGGUGUCCUCUUCUACGGACCCCCCGGUACGGGUAAGACACUGCUCGCUAAGGCGGUCGCGAACGAAUGUGCCGCGAACUUCAUCAGCAUCAAGGGCCCCGAGCUGCUUUCCAUGUGGUUCGGUGAGUCGGAGAGCAACAUCCGUGACAUCUUCGACAAGGCUCGCGCCGCUGCUCCUUGCGUCGUGUUCCUGGACGAGUUGGACUCCAUCGCCAAGUCCCGUGGUGGAUCGGUGGGCGACGCCGGCGGUGCUUCGGACCGUGUGGUCAACCAGCUUCUGACUGAGAUGGACGGCAUGACUAGCAAGAAGAACGUCUUUGUCAUCGGAGCGACGAACAGACCCGAGCAGCUCGACGCCGCGCUCUGCCGUCCCGGACGUCUCGACACGCUCGUUUACGUUCCGCUUCCCGACCAGCCAGGUCGUGAGUCGAUUCUGAAGGCCCAGCUGCGCAAGACGCCCGUCAGCCCGGGUGUGGAUCUCGCCUACAUUGCCAGCAAGACCCACGGCUUCUCCGGUGCGGACUUGGGUUUCAUCACCCAGCGUGCCGUCAAGCUCGCCAUCAAGGAGAGCAUCGGCCUUGCCAUUGAGAAGGAGAAGGCUCGCGAAGCUGCCGCGGGUGACGACACGAAGAUGGACGUCGAAGACCUGGAGGAGGACGACCCGGUGCCGGAGCUGACGAAGAGGCAUUUCGAGGAGGCCAUGAGCCUGGCUCGCCGAUCCGUCACCGACACCGAGAUCAGGCGCUACGAGGCGUUUGCGCAGAGCAUGAAGAACAGUGCUGGUGGCAGUGCCUUCUUCCGCUUCCCCGAGGGUGGCGUGGAUGGCAAUACGGAGACGCAGCAGCAGAACGGCGCCGGAGAGGAGGAUCUGUACGACUAAGCGCUUUAAUCACACCUUACACUUUUGCCACUUGUCCGAGGCGAUCGCAACGUCGUACCGGAGGCCGACAUAGAGAAUCCCACCUGGGUUUUCUCAAGGCAGGGCGGCAUUGGAGGGAAAGCAAAGGGAGGGUUGGACGCAUGCGACUCGCAACGAGAGGGAUUGCAUGCAGAGUGCGGCGUUGUUUCCACUUGCUUUUCAUAGAUUGUCUCGAGUAGUCGUCGUAACUCUUAGUCUGCCACUUUUUCCAUCUACGCUUUGACAUUGCGAAAUGAUGUUGCGUGUUGGUGAUAUGCCAGGUUCGACCAUGCUGCCAAAACAGGAA